CCGUCCCCUUUAAAUAUGUGGUUCGUAAAUGUAACUUUAAAUCCAGAUAGCAAGCGAAACUGUUCGCAGGGAAAUAUUGACGCGGGCCAGAUUUACCUGACAGGAAUACAUCGUGUAUAGAAGAUAUGAUUAGGGAUUUGACGUGCUUCUCAUUUCCUUCCCCGGCGAAUCACACACGACGAUCCAGUCCGGGCUUUGCCUUGCACCAUGCUCCUUUGGUCUGAGAACAUCCAGAGACGGAGGGGUUUUUAUUCCGGGAUCUCUCUAUUACUCUGAGGUCUUAGUCUCAGCCUGUCCGAGUGAACUUCACAGACCGAGCACACAUUGGGAUUUCAUGCACACACAGGAUCCAUGAGGGUGGCCUCUGGUCGCAGUUCUGCAUUAUCCAGACUAUAUCGGUCGAGGAGAUAUAGAGGACUUCUUGCCUUUUUUUUCUAAGCAAACCGUUCUCAGACAAUAUAUACAUGCACAAACACCGUAACCAACGGCCGGGGGGCAUAUAGUGGAGAUCAGCGAGCGCUGCUUGGAGAAAUCGCCUUCGUCUCUCGGAACUGUUUGGACUUUACCAGGGAGUUCGUCAGGGUUUGGGCUGGGCAAAAAAAAAAGUGGAUUUUCAAGAUUUAUCUGCACACAUCAUGUCUUGGAUUAUUGCUGUUGUGGCGGGGCUUUUCAGCUUGACUGUGCUUUAUGAUUCGGUUGUGGCUGAUGCGAAGGGUCGAACCUGUUCUGAGGUGAGACAAGCGUACGGUGCGAAGGGAUUCAGCCUCAGUAACAUCCCCUACCAAGAGAUCUCGGGGGAGCACCUGCAGAUAUGCGCACAAGGUUAUACAUGCUGCACUUCGGAAAUGGAGGACAGGUUGAGCCAGCAGAGCAAACUGGAGUUUGAAAAUAUGGUGGAAGAAACAAGUCAUUUUCUCCGCACAACAUUUGUUUCCAGACAUAAGAAGUUUGAUGAGUUUUUCAGAGAACUCUUGGAAAAUUCAGAGAAGUCUUUGAAUGACAUGUUUAUACGGACUUAUGGCCAACUCUACAUGAAGAAUUCCGAGGUGUUCCAAGAUCUCUUCACAGAACUAAAACGGUACUACAUAGGUGGCAAUGUAAACCUGGAAGAAUUGCUCAAUGAUUUUUGGGCCCAUUUGCUGGAACGAAUGUUCAAGCUGGUAAACCCCCAAUACCAUUUCACAGAGGACUACCUUGAAUGCAUCAGCAAAUACACUGAACAGCUCAAGCCAUUUGGAGACGUGCCUCGAAAGCUAAAAAUACAGGUGACAAGGGCCUUUAUUGCAGCUCGGACCUUUGUGCAGGGGUUGACUGUAGGCAGAGAAGUUGCCAACAGAGUAUCAAAGGUCAUUCCAGCAUUAGGGUGCAUCCGUGCUCUGAUGAAGAUGAUGUACUGUCCUUACUGCCGUGGAGUCCCCACAGUGAAACCUUGCAGCAACUACUGUCUUAACGUAAUGAAGGGCUGCCUGGCUAAUCAGGCUGAUUUGGACACAGAAUGGAAUCUUUUUAUUGAUGCAAUGCUAUUAGUAGCAGAAAGGUUGGAAGGGCCUUUCCACAUUGAGGCAGUAAUGGAUCCAAUUGAUGUGAAGAUUUCUGAAGCCAUCAUGAAUAUGCAAGAGAAUAGUAUGCAAGUGUCAGCUAAGGUUUUUCAAGGAUGUGGGCAGCCUAAACCAAGGCCAGCUGGACGUUCAACACGUUCCGUUUCAGAUAAUUUUAAUAUAAGGUUCAGGCCCUACAGUCCAGAGGAACGCCCGACAACUGCAGCUGGCACAAGCUUGGACAGAUUGGUUACUGAUAUUAAGGAGAAACUGAAGAUGGUGAAGAAGUUCUGGUCCACUCUGCCUUACACACUCUGUAAUAUUGAUAAAGUGACAUCUGGUGUGUCUGAUGAAGAAGAAUGCUGGAAUGGACACACCAAAGGCAGGUACUUGCCUGAAGUUAUGAAUGACGGUCUGACUAAUCAGAUUAACAACCCAGAAGUAGAGGUGGAUAUCACUAGACCGGACACAAUGAUUCGCCAGCAAAUCAUGGCGCUUCGAGUGAUGACUAACAAACUAAGAAAUGCUUAUAAUGGAAAUGAUGUAAACUUCCAAGAUUCAGUUGAAGAGGCAAGUGGCUCGGGCAGUGGUAGCGGCUGCAUCGAUGAAAUGUGUCCUCAGGACUUGGACUUCUCAACCACUGAGGCUCCACCAGGGCCCAAGAAGAAUGAGCCUAUAGGCUCCGCAGCAGUCGGACCCUGCCUGCAUUGGCUGACCAUAUUUGGCACCUUUCUACUCCUGGUACUACAAAGACAGUGGAGAUAAUCAGUGGCAUGCAAUAGAGACACUAAAGGACAAGCACCAUUUUCCUUUUGGAUAUGUCCAUCAAACACACAGCUCCAUCUUGGAACCGUACCAGUUUUAAAGCAGAAAGGAACACUGCAGCCUGCUGCCAUUUUACCCAAAGACCACCAGGUGCCAUUCAGGUACAGUCUACCAGUGCAAGAUUGCUUUAUCCUCACUCAGACCUCACAUAAAAAGAAACGGUUACUUGACUGCCAUUGGGAUUAUUUCCAGAUUCAUCUUCCUUUCUGCUUAUGUUAUGCAUCAAAUAAUAAUGACCUUCUAUAAAGAAAUUUGGUUUAAGUAAGAUUUUAAUAUCUAAGUUCUACCUUUACAGUUACCACAAAGUUAAAAUAUGCUGCAAAAUGUCCUGGAUAAUAUGUUUAUCUAUCGUAUCUCUACAGUGACUUAUCAAUGAACAAUGAAGUUCAGUUACGGCAGUAGCUAAAUGAUUCAUGAAUGCUGGUAGUUUAAUAGCACAGUUCGCCUCAUCCAUCUAAUAACUGUAUUCGGUUGUCCUUUAGAAAACAUGAACAAAGAAGAUUUGUGGUCAUGUGCAUUUAAAAUUAGCUAUAAACAAUGGGAAUAUUUGGAGUAUUGUGGAACGUACAGAACAAGCAACUACACAAACAUUAGUCAUCACAAUUGCGCACAGGUGAAAGAUAUAUGUUUUCGAAUGAAGACCGAUAGGAUUUACUAAUGUAUAAGUAAUAAGAAGAUGAGUCAUGCUGUUAAUCACAACAGAAGAAAGAUUCAGGAAGGUUGUGAGCUCUGACCUUCAUGUUGAAGUGUAUGAUUAGCUUCUCUUACCUGAAUUUUUGCUACUGAUUUUGAUUGAGUGAGAAGGGUCAUACUAGUGUGCCUAAUUUUCCCACAUGCUCCUCCAUUUGCUUGUUGCUCCAUGUCUUCUUAAUAAGUUCCCUAAAAGGUUAGAAUCCUGCAAAGUGCUAGGAUAAGCCAUUUGAGAAACUCCAAAAAGAAAGUGAAUCUAUAAUUUUAUUUUCAAUUUUUCAUUCUGGCACUAGUCAUCUGUUGCUACAUCAAAACAUAAAUAAUUCAAAGUAUUAGCUCAGGGCUCAAAUGUGAUUGCAUUAUCUGCAUGUUAUUAUAUCACCAAUGCUCAGCACAAAGACAGCCCCGGAACACUUAAAUUGUUGAAACACCAGUUUUCAAUGCAAUUGUGAAUGGCUAUUGUGUGCACCACUCCCAUCGAAUGAGAGUGCCUGACAUUUGUAUGGGUUUAUUCUACAUUCUGUGACGGAGGUACAUCUGUAAUAAUGAGUAGACAGCUUCAGUACCUAUUAUGUGGUCGGAAUGAGAAUUCUGGAGCUAUGAAGUCACGGCAUUAAAGAUAAAAAUAAAAAUGUAUGCCCUUCAGUACUUUGAACACAUUAUGGAGCGUUCACAAUGCGUGCAUGUUCCUGAUGUGAAGUUGAUAACCUAGCUUGGGGAAAAUGUGCUGAACCAAAGAACAUUUUUAAAGUCAGAUUAUUCUGAACAUAAUUGCAUUUUACUUACUUCAAAAACAAAUUAAAGAUGGUGCAAUUAAGUGUUAUUUUUGUGGGUAAACUAUGAUCAUUAAUUCAUUAAUCUCCUGAAUGCAUCUGCAGUCAUUCUCCUGGAACAAUUCUGGAUAUAUUUUAUGGAGCUCCAUUAUUGUGCUAUGAAAUUUAAGAAUAAAAUGAAACAGGGCAUUUCACUCAUUGUACCUGCACCAUACAUUUAAAGUUUUCCAUUAUUUCCACUCCUUUCUUUCCCAAUAGCCCUGCACAUAUUUAUUGUCAGAGUACAAUUCUAUUCUGAAGUUACUAUUGAUGUUAGUUCCAUCACCCUUUUGGAUAGUCUAUUCCUAAUUAUUAAAACUAAUUUUCACCAGCUUUGUCAGUUACAUUAAAUCUUUGUUCCAUCAGUACAGACCUUGCUGUGAGUGGAAAGAGUAAACAGAAAUUUCAUUGAAUUAAUGAAACCAAAUUACAAAAGCACAACGUACCACAUAUAUAUCCCACUGUAACAUGAUUAAUGCUAUCAGACUAAGCAUUCAGCACGUAUGACCAAGGGUAAAUUUCUACCCUAGUUUUGCCAUAUAUUUACUGUCAAAAUCUUUCACAAUAUUGAACUUUUAAUAAGCAUUUUUUCCAGCCAUGGAGCAAAUGGAUUUAAACAUUGUGAUUCAAACAAUGCUUCUAUUUAAAAAAAAGCUAUAUAAUCCUAUUAUUCACAUAUAUAAAUACGGUAAAUCAUACUUGCAGCCUAAAUUUGGAUGGCAUCAUAGUUGGGUACAGUUCAAUCAUGGGUGGAUGAGGCCGAAAACAUAAUUGGUAUAAUAGCCUAUUACAUACUUAGUUACUAAAUUCUAUCUUUAAAACAUAGCCAAAAGGGAAAAAUUACCUGGUAAAUCCAAUGAGAUGGAUACUUUUGGGUGUGGAUUUCCUUCUGUGCAUUGGAUUCAGUGAUUUAAUUGGAUUUAUUUAAAGCAGUCAUAUUCCAAAUUUGACAAUAAAAUGAUUUGGAGAUGCCCAUCUCCUGUGAGACUUGCAAUUUAAAAAAAAUCAAAUAUCAGGUGACAAAUUGAAUUCCAAUUAACACUUUAUAAUAAAUUGAACAAUUGAAUCAAAACUAAGGCUGGAAAGAGUAAUAGCUUGAUGAAUAUACAAUAAUAUAUGAAGUGGAAUUUUGGAAAAAGAACCAUCCAAUUUUUAAGAUUGAUUACUAGAACAUUGAGAACAAAUCAAGAAAUAAUAGUAGGCAAAUGUUUCCUGAACUGUUUUUUUUUCCUGUGCUCUUGGAAAUGUAGAAUGGCAGCAAGUUUUAUGUGGGAUAAAAGUUUAGAAAUUUAUCAGCAAUCACUUGUUGUAUUCCAUUUAUAUCCUUUAUUAAUAUCCAUUAUUAUUUAACAAUAAGCAAAUUACAUUCCAUAUCCUAAGUUUUUUUUUAAUGGAAACAACUUUUUAAUGGAAAUACCUUUUUAAAUUGACUGAAUUAGACAUACUUCUGAUUUAUUUAAAAAUAGAAAUUAACCUUUUAUUGAAUUUUUUUGCAUUCUUAAAACAUGGACCAUAAAAUAGUACAGCACAGUUAUGGGCCCUUCGGCCCCCAAUGUUUGUGUUGAACAUGAUGCCAAAUUAAACUCAUCUCAUGUGCCUCCACAUGAUCUAUAUCCCAUCUACUCUCCGCAUUUCCAUAUGCCUGUCCAAAACCCUCUUAAACACCACUACCAUUCCCCCUACCACCUCUGGCAAUGCAGACCAGGCCCCCAGCACUCUCUGUGUAAAAAUCUUGCCCUGCACAUCUCCAUUAAAGUUUUCUCUUCUCACUUUAUUCCAUCUAAUAUUGGACAUUUUCCACCUUGGAAAAUGAUUCUGACUCUCUACCCUAUCUAUGCCUCUCAUAAUUUUAUACACUUAAUCAUAGAGACAUUUGUGUAAACGUGUUGUCCCUCGGGUUCUUAUUAAAUCUUUCCUCAUCACCUUAAAGCUAAGUCCUCUGGUUCUUGAUCCCCCUACUCUGGCUAAAAGACUCUGUACAUUUACCCUAUCUAUCUCAUACUC